AUGGCAUACACAGAGUCAGUAACUCCCAAAUCAUUGCUUACACCAGAAAAUUGCCUCUCGUCAUCUCGUAUACGGGCUUUUCUUCGCCUCUCAAGAAUAGCCACAGAUGACACUAUCAGACAGCAUUUGAACGAGGUGAAAUCCAGCAAAGAGUGUGACAAUUAUUUUAAAUCAAAGAUAGUUCCUCAAUGGGAGGCUAGAGCAUCGAUAAUUCAGUAUUGUAACGAUUAUUCUGCCCAUUUGAGACAAGAGACAACUAAAGGUAAUACGGUGGUGCAAAGCAGCAAGCAAAACCCUGAAUCAUUUGACCUUAGGGUUGAUCCAUAUGCGGUAAAGAAGUACAAUCAGCAGUUGCAAGGACAAUAUUCACAAUGUGAUUCAAUUGAGAACUGGGUGAAUAAUGAAAGAGUAGUAGAAGAUAUUAUACGGGAGCAGACGGUAGAUGUGCUUAAUGAUAAAUGUUACUUUCAAGAUUGGAUAGAGGAGUUUAAGAAAUUAAAAAAUUUAGCUUGA